AAAAAUCACUCAAAAAUGGCUUUGUAUAUCCUCCUUGAGACUGGUCGCUUCUGGUUUCCUGCUCAAGUUUAUAAGGCAACAUUGCAAAUAUUAUACUGUUAUGACGCCAUCGUUAGCUAUGAUUCUAAAACAGAUACCUUUCGAGCAAGGUCUCCAAAUUUAGGGCGACAAUGGAUUCAAGGAGAUAUUCCCUGGGAUAUGUUGAGAAUACCACCUCCAAAGACAUUUUUAGUGGAUUACUAUGAGUAUACUGAUUUGGAUGAAUUGAAACCAGGUGAUCUUAUUGAGAUUCAAAAGAGAAGAAGGAUAGGAUUCCCUAUUUGUGACUGGGCGCAUGGGAUAAUUUUCCAUUCGGAGUCAUGUUACGAGGAUGUGAAUAAUUGCUCAUGCCAAAAAAGUGACACUUUGACUAUGGGGAUUUUCAAAUGCAACUCUCGCAAGGAUUAUGUAAUGAGUAAAUCAAUGAAACACAAAAAUGCUUAUAGAGAAUUCAACUUUCUCAAAGGAAUCAGAAAAUCACUUGAUGAGGAGGAGAUUGAAAAGUGGAACGACCUCAUUACAACAAAUAAUAGGUUUGCGACCGAUGAAUGAAUAUACAUGCUAUUUAUUUUAAUUUAAUAUUGUAGUAUUUUCUAAAGUUGUGCAUGAUGUGAGACAUUGCAUGGAUUCAGAACAAAAGCAACUUGUUUAUUGUUGUAAUUUUAUUUCUUGAUUUAAAAUACUAUGGUUUGUUAAGACUCUCACUUAUGAGGAGGAGAUUUGAAUAAAACUAAU